GGCUGCGCGCGGAGGAAGUGUGGUCCCGCCGGCUCGCCGUCCCGAGAGCGGCGGCCAUCUUGUGCGGGAGGCGGCGGCACGAGCGGCGGUCGCGCGUCCCCGCGAGCCCUGAGCGCGGCGCGGUCGCUGCUGGCGCCAUGUCUGCCGAGAGCCCCGAGCCCGCCUCGGCCGAGGAGCAGAAGGAAAUGGAGGAUAAGGUGAUCAGCCCCGAAAAAGCUGAAGAAGCAAAAUUGAAAGCAAGAUACCCUCAUCUGGGCCAGAAGCCAGGAGGCUCAGACUUCUUGAGAAAGAGGCUUCAGAAAGGACAAAAGUACUUUGAUUCUGGUGAUUACAACAUGGCUAAAGCAAAGAUGAAGAAUAAGCAACUGCCGACUGCAGCUCCUGACAAGACAGAAGUCACUGGUGACCAUAUUCCUACUCCACAGGAUCUCCCGCAGCGGAAACCUUCUCUUGUUGCUAGCAAGCUGGCUGGCUGACUAGAACAGCUGAACUGCAUGAAUAUUCUCAUUCCUGUUAUUUCUCCUUAAUAGUUAAUUCUCACCCUCACCUCCCCCCUCCUUCCUUUUUUCUUUUUUUUUCUUACACUAAGUCAUGAGACUGACAGCUUUGCAGGUAGCGAUAGCAUGUGCUGCUAUUGUAAGGGAGUACUGUUAAGAAGUAAAACGUGUAGUAUUUGGACUAGUUGAGAACAAUGCACUGAUUAAAAAGGACAAGUUUGGUUAGAGCAAUGUAAUCUACUUGAAAAUGUACAUAUUGCCCAUUUCCUAGUGUAGGACUGGUUCCAGCAAGUGACAUCGCAAGUUUUACAACUUUUAAUGUUUCUGCUUUUGUUAUUUCACCUUAAUUACAGCAUAUUUGUAUUUAAUAUAACCUCUAGUUGUGUUGKUUUUUUUUUUCUUCUGUGCUUGGRUUUGUUGUCUAAAAUAGAGGUUUAGACCACAAGUUGCUAGAAGGUGAAGCAUGUAUAAAAACAAAGACAGGGCUCUGAUUGAAUUUUGUUCCUGCUCUUGAACGGCCUUAAACCUGUUACAGCUUUAACAAUAGAGUUUUUACUUGGGCAAUAUUUGCCCAUUCUGGUGUAACUCUUGUGAAUCUAGUGCUUAUUGACAACUGCCUGUUGAAGCUGGUAUUCUCUUCAGUUCCGUAGCUUAGGAGACACUUUUGUUGAAGAUGUGAAUGAAGUGUGCAUGUGCAUAGACUGUUGAAUUCACUCUUGUGCCAUUUUUGUAAAUACAAUAGUUUUGCACAACCUUUUGAAACGUCAAUUAAUUUUACAUUUUAAAAAGCAGAUAAUGUGCCAAUCAAAGCACAAGGAAUUCUGUAUCUUUCAGAGUACCUGAAACUAAGAGCCCAGAAUCUUGCUACUGAAAGUAAAAUCUGUAAACCUGAAAUUUGUGAAACACAUUGACACUUGACUCGGCCCAUGUGCUUUUGCAGUUGUAUAUUUUGUUCAGUAACAGCCCACAUUCAAAUUUAAUUCAAAAUUUUUACCURUAUUUGAACACAGGUGUCCAUUCUGUUCAGUAUCUCUUAAAGCUUUUAUAGCUGAAAUGCAUAGUGUGAUGAUGGGAAAGGUGGUUAACUGGACUGUACUUGAGAGUUUCCUGUGUGGCAGACCCCAAAUUUAAUCUUGCUAAAGUUUGGUAUUCUGUUGUCUUUGACGCUUAGAUUUCUAGAAGUGAGCGUGUGUCCUCCCUUUAAUAUUUYUUUUUCUUGAACUCCUGAAGUGGUAGUAGUCUAACUCCUUGUCUCUUUGUWAUACAACAGCUGCUUACUGGUUUUGGGUGACAUAAAAAAAUGGAACUGGUAUUUAUAUAAUGACCUAUGGAGGAAUAGGCAGUUUUUUUCAUGUCAGUAAAUGGGAGCAAACUUCGGAUCAUCUGCAUGAUGCAGGUCAUAAGUACUAGAUUGCCAAAAUACAGUUGAUAUUAGACAGGUAACUUGAUGUGUUUAAGAGCACACUUGUUCGUGAAAUCAGAUAUAUUAAAAGUGAUCUCUAAUGUAAUUGAUUUUAAUAUAAAUAAUCAUAGCCUUGAGGUUUUCUGGGAGCAUAAGCUCUUUAAAGAAGAUCAACUACUGAAUCCUUUUUUAUUUUUUUCUUUAAAGGAAAUAUCCUGAUACAGUUUCUAUUAAAAAAAAAAAAAUACAGGCAUUAUAAGAGAAUGUUUUUAAUGAGGGGUACAUGUUUUUCAAAUGAUGUGUUCUUUUGACAUAUUCAGAAAGGUCUUGCAGGAUAAAUAUUUGCUAGCCACGGGCAAUGCAGGCCCAUAUUUUCUGCAGUGCUCUCUUCUAAAGGCAAACUUAAGCAUCAGAAAAAGAUCAGGAAAAUGAAUAAUACUAAUUUGGUCUCAGUUUGAUCAGAGCAUGAGCAAAGUCUAYCAGUGUCUACAGAACCUCUAUAUUCUUCUCAAUUCAGAGAAUUCCAAAUUGUUAACCUUAUCUUUAGUCUUUUACUUGGUAUAGUAAUAAUGGGCAGGCUUGAGAAAACCCCUCCCGUUCCUCCUCAUUUUCUGCCCCCUCCCCUUAGCAUUUUAAUGAAUUUGUGAUUUUUUUCACAGGAACGGGCUGAAGAAACAGACUUACUUGGUUUMUUUAGGUAAGAAGUUAGGCUGGAAAAGCAAUUUAGUAAGUUAAAUGUAAACCAGAAUAGCAAGGAAAGUGACUUUAUUGAAGUAAACUGCUUUUUAUAGAUGUUUGUCCUAAUGUGAAAAUCCCUCUUUAUUUUUGUAUGUAUAAAUGAAAACUGAAACGUAAUUAUAGGACUGGGAUUGAAACAAAUUUUGAACAAUUGAAGAUGACUUGCUGUGUGUUGUCUGGUGCCACUAUCCUGUAGUUCACAUAGGCUAAGUUUCCUUGAUGUUUAGGAAGGUUUAAAAAUAGCCAUUCAAAUUUAAACAUUCCAUGUGUUCUCCUACACCUCCGCUUGUCCUGCUGCUGGGACAACACGGGCUCUUUGGAUACUCACGCAGUGGCUGCAGUUCUUAAGGCUACUACAGGUUCAGCCACAAGUAUCUUAUCCAUGUGAAGUGCAUCUUUGGAGUACUGUAUUACCAACUGGGUCAGUGACUGGUUAUGAGCCUUCACAUCUGACAGACCUCAACAGCAGGCAYAGCUAUUUUAACACUAUAUACUGUUGAAAACUUAAGUCCAAUAAUCACUUAACAGUAAAUCAAACUUGACUGCAAAAUGAAGCUUACUUUCAGCUUACUCCAGCAAGAUAACUCAGCUAUCCAAACUUAUGUACAUAAUGUAUUAUAUGAGUUUUACCAUUUGAUAAUGACCUUUUUCAAAGAAAACCUGUCCACACUGUAGUCUGGCAGUCCCUUUCAUUACUUGCCUUUAAAGAGAGUGUUUAGU